CCAUUCACUUCACUCUAAAGUGUAAAUUUAGUGAACAGCUCCACCCAGUGGGCAUAUAAAGCACUGACCCAAUCACUGAGCUGCUUAUUCAGUAUUCAGUAUUUGAUAUUCAGUAUUCAGUAAGUUAGAGAGACUUUAUUGGGAGGCAUUUAAUUUAUUCAGAUUUUUAUUUUUCCAUACCAUUUGAACACAACUAAAGAACAUUUGCUGUUCUUCAUAUUAACUCACAUUAACUCACAUUAACUCACAUUAACUCACAUUAAGUCACAUUAACUCACAUUAACUCACAUUAAGUCAACCAAAUGUUUGUGGACAUGACUUCUGGACCCUUAUUGUUGACACAGAUGUGUAAAGACCCUGCAGAGCAGAACUGCAGGAGAUUCAGACUCUCUGGAGCAGAUAAAUAAACCUGAAGUCUAUGGAUUAGAGGAAUAUAAACCCUCAGUUUAUAUAAUAGUAAUAUAAAUCAUCGUUCUGGACAGUUACUUCAACAAAAGCAGGAUCAACUUUUUAAUUAUCCUUGUUUUUCUGAAGAAACAUGUCUUUCCUGAAACUACCUGAAGUUACACAGUUUAAGAUUAGAUUGUAUUUGUGUUUUUUGGACUAAAUACUAAAAUUAUUAAUAAUUAAAACUUUAUUUAAACCCCUAACAAAGAGAAACUCAACUCUAAAGAGACUCUCACUGAAGCUGACUGUGGUCACACUGUUGUAAGCAGGGUUCAUGUUCUACUGGUGGAAAAUAGGUUUUUAUUUUUAUGAGAAGCUAAACUGGAGCCGCGAGUCUCUGCUGUGGGAAACCAAACUGCACCAAAAUAAAAACGCUCAGCCUGUGGUUAAACUGAAGACUCAGAAACAAGAGCAGCUGCUGAAUAAACUAAAUAACAGACAAAUUAUCAGUGAUUAAAAACAUCAAACCAAACUUAAAAAAAACAGUAGCAGUGAAGCUAAUAGAAGUAAUGCAGAUUUCAUAGUGUUGUUUUUUAAUAGAACAGACAUAAUUCAAACAUCACGCUAUAAAAAUACAGUAUAUCAAUUCUAUUUUUCUUUAAACUAUGAAUAUUUUUCACAACUUUACAGGAGAAAAAAAAUGUAUUUCAAUUUAAGUCAAUGUAAAGAUUUGAUUAAAUUAAAUUAAUUAAUUAAAUUAAAGUCAUUGUGGAGCAUUUCUAUUGGUCCAGUCACAAUGAAAUGUUGAUGAAAUGUGAAAGACAAAUGCUACAUCCAAAUUAUGUUAAACAGGAAAAUUAAAUUAUACAUAUUUUUGUCAGUUUUAGCAGAUCUACCAAACACAGCUUAAAAAUCAGCAUCUCAUCCAGAACAGACCAAACAAAACUGAAAUAAAUCACCUUAAUUAACAUAAACCAUUUAACUGAUUGAUUUAAAUAUAAGAAACUUUAAUGCAUGUAAAGUGUGAUAAAACUCAACAGAAUAUCUUGUGCACUUUUAUUUUUAGAGUAACUAUCUGGUGAAAGUGACUCUAGACCCAAACGGUCUACAGGCCAGAAUUAGAUUGUGGCUAAUAUGCUAACGCUCUAGCGAGUAGCGCUGUUCUCAGAACAGUAAAGACUCUGAACCUGAACAGCUACGAUGUUUAUCUUCAUCUUUACCUUAAGUAAGUGCCAUAUAUUGUCCAUUAAUAAUAAUAAUAAUAAUAAUAACAAUAAUAAUGAUGAUGAUGAUGAUAAUAAUAAUAAUAAUAAGGGUAUUUUUGUGUAACAGUGAUCUCCAUGCCUCAGGCUGAAGCUGAUUUUUAUUCAGCUAAGAUUUAUGGAAACAGCAGUUUUAAAGCAGGAGGGAAGCUGGUGGUGAAGUGCAGCACGUUCGGUAAACAGACACUCGGGGAAGUCUUCGUUUAUCUCUGUAAGAAUGGAAGAGUUUUACAGAAGAGUAAAACUCAGCAGGAUUUUACAUUUAUUAUAGAAAAUAUAACUAAAAACUUCACAGGAAAUUACAGCUGUGUCUACUCAACACGAGAGUACGAUCUGAACGCCGUCAGCAGACCAGGCUCCGAACUCCUCUUCAUUACGGUGAACGAAUCUUUUGUUCCUGCAUAUUUAACAGUUCUGGAGGACGGAGUGAAGGAAGGUUCUGAUGCCGAGUUUAAAUGUUCUUCUUUAAUCCGGCCCUACACGGAUUCUGACAGCAGGAUUUACGCUUAUCUGUGUAAAAACAGAACCGUGAUUCAGGUGAACGUCUGGAACACAGAGAAGAACGAGACGAUCUUCAUCCUAAAAAACGUCAAAAGAGCAGAUUCUGGAAAAUAUCUCUGUGUUCUGAUGGCCGAUAUUCAGCCUCUUCCUAAUCUGAUAAUAAAUGGAAUUAAUGAAGCGGAAAUUUGGGUUAUGGAAAACGCAGAAAGUGAAAAUCUCACAGCAGUGAUUGUGGUUGGCUGUUGUAUUGUUUUCUUACUGUUUUUGUCUUUGGGACUUUGGGGAAUAAUUCAAGGAGGUUGUUUCACAUGCAGUGAAGGCAGAGCCACUGAACCCACGAUCACAUCAGGAGGGGAAAUUCUGAACCAUGAAAUCUUAUUGGAAAACAGAACGGAUGCAGAAUGGGACGAGUUUUCUGAUGAUGAUCAAAGUGCUCGAGCUUCACAGGAGGAAAUUUAUCAGAAUUGCCCCCAGCAGAAUUCCACUAAACUCAAUCCUCCAGUUUCACACCGGAAAGAUGGAAUAAUCCCACCAUCACUUCUAUUCUAAUUAAAACAUUAAUCGUUUAUUUCUGUUUUAAUUAAAUAUGAUACACAUGUUGUUAAUACAUAAUGAAAUAUGGUUUCAGUUUUAGUAAAAUUUAGAAUGUUUGUUAGAAUAUUAACUAUUUUCAUAUGUUUAAAAUCUUUAAAUGUUUAACGUAGUUUUAUAUCAAAUUAAAUAAUUUGUUGAAAACAUAUUUUGAUGUUUUUUGGUAUUUUUGUUGGGAUGCUGCACUAAAACAAAUGAGAGAAAACUAUUAAAAACUGACCAAAUAAAAAAACGUAACAUUUAAACACCAUCGUUCACAUCAAUAUUAACAUUAUUAAUUAUGUGAUCAGUAAUUAGUAAGAAGUUCUGAAGGAGAUAUUUAAAUCUCAGUAAUUAAUGUGGAGUUAGGAGUGAAUUACUAUAAUCAUUAUUUUAGUAGUAUCUAUUGAGUAAUUACUCAGUACUGCCUGGUAAUUAAUAUGAGUGAUUUAGGUGUAAAUGCAGUAAGAGUAAUUAGUUACUGCUUAGUUACUUAUGAACUAUGGAAGAGUAUAAUAAAGGGUUAAAUAUGUUAAAAGCUACAGAAGUGGAACCUUUAGAUAUUCUGGGUUCUGAACUCUGUGCUGAAAAUAAAUACUGACUGAGUUUCAGUUUCAGAAUAAAAUAAAGAGCGAACAGAGAAAUGGAGCAGGACUGAGGUCUAACCACAACCCGGCCAAAAUAUCAUAAACAGCUACGCUCAGAGACGUUUACUCUGAAUUUACACACUAAACCUGCAAAGUACAAAGUAUUUCAGUUUCAGCAGUAAAAUGAUAAAACAGUUAAACUGAAUGAAAUAACGGGUUUAAACCUAAAUCCUAUAAAC